CAAUAAGUCAAAUCUCAAUUCGAGUUUCUACCUAAAUGUAGCGAUAUUAGUCAAGCUUGUAGCGGGUGUAGUUGCGUUUCAGGAUAAUAUGUAUAACUGUUUCAUAGUGGGAAGCUGUUUGUGAGAAAAUAGAAUGUAAUUUUCCUUUCAGAAACACCGAAAAUAAAGAGGCAUUUCACUUCCUGUUGUAAAGAAAUAUGCGCAUGCGCGUUAGCUCACCAGGAAGAGCUUCUGUUUGCACCUGUAACAUUUCAACAACGUGCUGGUUUUCUUCGUAACAAACUCUGAUAUUGCAUUGUUUGCCAAAUUGAUAAUAUGCGUGAGCAAAUUGUAACACAGUGAGUGGUCACCUUUGUGCCCAGCAAUGCAUGUGUGUCUUUAAAAACACUCUUAGAUGAAAAACUUUCCAAUGAAUUAGAAGAUCUGUUUUCCCAAAAUGGACGCCAUACCAACCAGCAAGUUUUAUGGCCACAAGAGAAGUGACAUGUCCUGGCAUAGACCUGUAUAAGAAGGGGGGCAUCUACUUCAGUGUUUGCAUCAUGGGGCAGUCUCAGAGGACUUCCUGCUUGCCGCCACGCUUUCCUCUCCAUUUCAAUCAGCGCUUGGUUUUUGAAAAGACUUUCCCCGGCGUUGUUGACCCCGCUGCAGUGGCUGAACUCCUGAAAGCUGACACUACAUAUUUUGAGCUGAUUCAAUUGGCGUCUCCAGAGAAAAAGACCCUGGCCACAAUGACCGCAAGCAGCAAGCACUUCCUGUACCCCGGUCCCAAUAUGAGUUUCAUUGAUGACUCUACAGACAGAGAUGCGGAGAUGAGGGCGAGGUCCAGCUCACUUGGUGGAGUCUUGCCCACCGUGGCCUUUUCCGUGUCGUCCUUCAUUGAAGAGAGCGGGGAGAGAGAGAUCCUGCCUGACAAGAAGACUCCCUCCACCCAGCAGAAAGUGAUGCCCCGCCUCUCACCACCAAAGCCCCCUGUGACCUCAGCCCCCAGGUCUCCAAACGUGGCAAGGUGGCCGUCACCAAGACGUUGUCCCUCGCCGCGGGCCUGCUUCCAUAUUUCCUGCAAACACAAGGCACAAAGGAAUCCGAAGAUGCACGGUGUUUAUAUGGAACCGGGCUAUCAGCAGCCCACCGUCGCCUCCAUGACGCGCGCCCUGUCGCCGUACACCCAUCGGAAAAUGUGCCAGCUCUCCAAAGACGCCGAGCAGAGGCUCAAUCACCUCCAGCUCGGGCCGUACUACUUCAGGAAGGAGACGGAACGCCAGCCUCCAUUUUUGGUUCCGACUUCCAGCAGUCGGAUGGAAAGGUCGCCACAGGAGAGUAGUGUGCACUGCUGCCGCCCAGUCAGCUUCCGAGAUGACAACACUGGUUCUUUCUACGGCCGUUACAGACGCAGAACAUCCAGACAGCAGCAGCAGUUGGGGUUACAUUCGCUGUGCUCGUCGCCUCUUGGGUCGUCAUUCAGACAAGAUGGCCUGACCCGAAGUCCUCAGAGGAGCGCCUUCAUCGCGGCCUCGUCUCAGUAUAGAACCCCUGUGACAUCCAUGCAUUCCCACAGGGAAAGGCUGCCGCAGACCAGUGAGACCAGUCCAUCUUAUUGGGAGCAGAUCCACAGCCGUGUCCAGAAGAUCCUGCUGACACACGGCGUGUCCAUGGACGCCCACAUUGACCUCUAACCCUCCCAUCCCAGCUAAAAGUAACUGAAACACAAACGCUGUUGGGUAUUGUACAGUAUUUCUCACACACACACACACCUUGUUAACCUGCACCUAGCAGUGAGUUUCAUGCACGCCGUUUCAUCUCCAUUUGAUGAUCAUUCACAUCUAAAACAUCCCCUCUGGGCCUUUUUGUCUUCCUCCCGCUUAAAAAGAGCCAUGCUGCAGGGGUGAUGUUAAAAGCCAAGACGAGACAUUUUGUCUUUUUUUUUUCUCCAAAGCUGCAUGUGAAAUCAUGCGGGAAUAGAAAGAGCAACGUGGGUGUGUGUGUGCAAGUGGGUGUGUGGGUGUGUAUGUGCAAGUGUGCGUGUGGGAAGGAUGGAAGCUGCAGAUUUUCACAGCACAAGAAGGGAGAGACAAAAGAGUAUUGAAUGGAAAGAUUAUGACAAAAAUGAAGGAAUUUACUUUUUAAAUGUAUUGUAAUGAUUGGGAAAAAAGGUAAUUCUACCAAAACUCUGCUUUAAUGAAGAAUUGUUGUCAUUCUAAUCAAAGGUGAUUUUAUUUAAAAAAUGGAAGCCCUUCCAGCUUUGGCAAAACUUUUUUAUAUAUAUAUUUAAUCAACAAAUAUUUUACUUUUUUUAAAUAAUCCAACAAUUAUAUUUAAUUAAAAUAUUGUUUUUAUUGGUAAUAAAUGAAAUAAGAAAUUAACAAAUAUUUGUAUUUUUAAAUAAUUUAGAGAAUAAGAUAUAAUUAACAGAUAACAGUGUUUUUGAAAUAAUCCAAAAAUUGGAUAUUUGUAUUUAAAAAUACUUUUAAAAUAAAAAAGAUUCAGAUAUAAUUAACAUAUUUGUAUUUUUAAAUCAUCCACAAAUUAUAACUAAGAAAUGUUUGGAUUUUAAAAUAAUAUAAAAAUGUAGAUACAAUAAACAAACUUAAUUUAAAAAAUUUGGGGUAAAACCGAUUUGUAUUUUAAAAUUCAGAUGUUAACAUACAACUAACAAACAUUUGUAUUUUUAAAUAAUUGAAAAAAAUAAGAUACAAUUAACAAAUGUGUGUAUUAAUUUAACAUUUUGUUUGAAAUAACUUAAAAAUUGGAAACAUUUGUAUUUAAAAUAUAUUUUUAAAUUAAAACAUUUAUAUAAUCCAUAAAGAUACAACAGUUUAGAUUUUAAAAGAAUACAUCAAUUGACAUACAAUGAUCAAACAUUUGUAUUUAAAAAUCUUACAAAAUUGAGUUUUAAGCAAUCCAAAAAUCAGGAUUUUAAAAAAUAUUUCUAGAUAAAAACAAUAAAAUUAACAUUUUAAUUUAAAAAAAAAUUGUUUUUCAUUUAAGUAAUAAUCCAAGAAGAUAAAUAUUUGUAUUUUAAAAUAAUUUUAAGUUACAAAGUUUUUUUUUGUCUGUAGUGCUAAAAGGUGACAUUAUUUAAAAAGUAAACGUCCUAAAAAAGGUUUUAAGUUUGAGUGCAAGAGAUGACAUCUGCAAGAAGUGCACCUUUUAAUGUCAACAAGCAUGUCAGGUACAUGUCCGUUUAAAAAUGUUUUUUCUGCAGAGUCAUUUACUGCUGCAUCAUUUGACUUGGGAAAAAGUAAGCAUGAUUACUCAAUGAUGCUCAGCCAUGUCCAAAUAUAAACGAUAUACUGUACAAUCAUCUUAAAACCAAGUGUUUACAUAAGAAUAAUGUUCAUGUACAGGAAGUGUGGAUUUAUGUUGUUUUGUAUGUAGCUUUAAAGUCCUGGAAAAUAAAAUGGCGAAAACUAGUUUGUAUUGCAGAUAUAAUUUAUAAGUCAUCUUCCAGGCGCUUCUACUUCCCAGCUUUUUUGGACAUCUUGACAAACUUGGGGUUCCUGUAGCUGUUCUUCUUUCCUGCUGCCUGGGCCGCUUUCUCGGCCAUGAUGUUGAGGUACUUCUUCUUGUUCUUGCUGCCGAGACAAGAGGACAGCAUCAGUACAACGUGGGGGAGCUUCUAGUCCUCGUCUAUGUUUGCACUUACUGCCUGAACUCUUCAUCAGCCAGCAGCUCCUCCACCAUGGUCCUCUUCCUCUGCUUCUUGGGCACGCGGGAAUGAUAGAAGUCCAGGGGGUUGUCCACCACAGUGGCCAUCUGCAUCACACACACACUUUCAUCACGCCAUUUGUCAGGUAACACACACACACACACACACACUUGUUGUAGCACGGACCUGGAAGUACUUGGGGAAUCCAUCGCGGUCGUUCUUCUUGUAGAACCUUUUAGGGUCCAAGGAUCCUCUCAUCUUCAGCAGUUUAAGAUCUCCUUGCAGCUCAUUGGUGAGCUCGGGAGCUUUCAUGUUGAACCAGCCGUCCCCUGUGGUCUUUUCACGCUCCGCCUGACCAACACAAACAUUGUUUUUCAUAACAUCUUACUCAGAACAUGUUUUAAUGGAACAUACAUGACAUAUUUAGGAAGGUCACCAGUCAAAUUUUAAUACCAAGAACCAAACAUUAGUUUAAUAGUUCCCUUUAAGGAUGUUUGAGGUCCAGUGCAUCACUUUACCACAUUUUGUUAUUUUGUAGACUUAUUCAUAUAUGGCAGGGGUGUCCAAACUUUUUCCACUGAGGGCCGCACAUUGAAAAAUCAAAGCUAUUUUUUAUUUUAAAAAGCAAUACAAUAUAUGUAUAAAGAAUAUACAUUUAGGCUUCCACUCAGGCUUGAUCCCGGGGACCCCAAAGGGUUUUCGUCCAAAAAAUAUAAAAAUGGUGUCAUUCAGUCAUCACAAUACCAGGGCAUCCAGUGAGGGGCAUUUUGUACUCCCUCGUCCCAGGAAGAAUGCUUUGCGGAAAUCUUUUAUUUAUAAUUCUUUAUCGCUCUGGAAUAACCUGCCUCGAAUUCUCACCAGCAUUGAAAGUAAACCGGUUUUUAAAAAGAGAGUAAUAUUUUAUCUGAGUUUUUAAAUUAGUUUGCUCAUUGAUGAUGAUUUGUUUGGUUUUAUAUUGUGUAGUUAUAUUUAUAUGGUAAUUAUUAUUCUGUGACUGUAAAUUGUUUGCUUGUUUUUUAUUAAUGCUUUUAUUUUUUUCUGUAUUGUGUAGUUAUAAUUAUAUGCUUUUACUUGUAAUUGUAUUGAAUUGUGGACCCCAGGAAGACUAGUGGGUUGUUGAGGCAACCACCUAAUGGGGAUCCUUAAUAAAAAAAAAUCAAAUCAGUUUUAUUAUUUGUGUUAUUAUUCAAGUUUUUAAAUCUCUAGAUCUCUGUCAAUAUAACAUUUUUUAAAGAUUUAAAUUGUAUGCUCUUUUUGUCAAAGAAAACCUUCUUUAAUGGAAAAAAAAUACAAAAUAUGC